AUGGAUAAACUGUCAACUUCCCCCAAGUCCACGCCUCGGUUCGAGAGUCAGCUCACGGCCCACCUCAAGCCCUUCGCCUCGGGCGAGGUCCGCCCGCGCCUGUCGGCCAAGGAGUGGCACCAGGUUCACGACGAGGAACUCGAAAGCGUGAGCCUCGAGUACACCGGCAUUCACAUCCACAACAUCAUUCGCAACCCCAGUGUGCCGAAGCUCUACGAGCUGGCCCUCAAGCACGAAAGCGGCACGGCGGUGACCUCGACCGGCGCCCUCGUGUGUAAGUCCGGCAAGCACACCGGCCGCUGCCCGCAGGACAAGCGCAUCGUCAAGGAGCCCACGUCGGAGAAGGACGUCUGGUGGGGUCCCAUCAACUUCCCGCUCAGCGACCACUCGUUCAUGAUCAACCGUGAGCGCGCCAUCGAUUACCUGAACACGAGGGAGCGCCUCUACGUGGUCGACGGCUACGUGGGCUGGGUGCCCGAGCACCAGCUCAAGCGCAAGUCGCCAUCGCUGGCGGCCGACAUUGCGGUCAUGCGCGAGCGAGAGGGCAAGCGCGAGCUGCUGAUGAUCAAGCGAGGCGGCCGCACCUUCCACGGCUGCCUCGCCUUCCCGGGCGGGUUCGUGGAGUACGGGGAGGAGCCCAAGCACGCCGCCCUCCGCGAACUGCAGGAAGAGACGUCCCUCGUCGGCACCGACCCGCAGCUCGUCGGCGUUUACGGCGACCCCGCUCGAUUUCUCGACUAUGAAGCUCACGCCGACUUCUACGAUGUGGAGGAGCUCAAGGGCCAAACCGACAAGAUGGCCUUCGACCACGCCUUGCUGCUCCACGACCUUCUUGAGUUCGUCAAGAAGCACAACAUCGACAUCCCACGCGCAUAG